AUGGUGUUCAGUAGUAUAUUCAUUGCCUUUAAGGCUUCAAUAGAUGGGUUAAAUGCUGGCUGCAGAAGCUUAAUUGGAGUGGAUGGAGCUCAUCUCAAGGGCAAUUAUGGUGGGGUGUUAUUGUCUGCAAUUGCCAUUGAUGGAAAUAAUGAGUUAUUUCCUGUAGCAUGGGCAAUAGUGGGAGCUGAAGAUGCUGACAGCUGGAAGUUCUUUCUAUAUCACUUGAAGAGUGCUCUAGAACCAAGUGGCAGAGGUGAUAAUUGGUGCAUAAUUAGUGACAGACAAAAGGGUAUUGAUCCUGCCAUUAGUGACAUAUGGCCCAAAGUAGGCAGAAGAUACUGCUGCAAGCACUUGGUCAAGAACUUCAAGAAGAAAUUUCCUGGUUUGCUGAUGUUCCAAUUAUUUUGGAAGGCUGCUGGAGCAUUCAAUCCAUUCACCUUUAAGAAGGCAAUGAAAGCAUUGCAGAAGGCAAAUCCAUUAGCACUUGUUUGGCUGGCAGAGCUUGGACCACAAUCAAGAUGGUCAAAGCAUGCUUUCAAUCCAGAAGUCAAGUGUGAUACAAAUAAGUCAAACUUUGUAGAAAGCUUUAAUUCUACCCUAGGCAUUGAUAGAUGCAGACCAGUCCUGACUCUGUUAGAAGGUAUUAGAAGAGUGACAAAGGUGAGAAUGGCCACCAGAAGGGAGGCAUGUGAGAACUGGAGGGAUGAUGUGUGUCCUAAUAUCAUGAAAAGGAUGCAUGUUAUUAGCCAUGAAUUAAGGACAUGCAAGAGUUUGAAGUUUGGAGAUGGUGAAUUUGAAAUACUUGAUGGAAGAUCUAUGCUUCCAGUGAACCUAAGAGAGAAGACAUGUGUAUGUAAUGCUUGGAAACUUAUUAGAUUGCCUUGUAAACAUGCCAUGAGAGCCAUUUUGCACUCAAAUGAAGACCCUAGGUUCUACAUAAGUGAGUGGUAUUCUGUCACAAGGUAUAAAUUGGCUUAUGCCAACUCUAUCAAGGCCAUACCAGAUGUGGAUCAGUGGCCUAACAGUCCUUAUCCAGAGAUUGGCCCACCAACUAUGAAAAGAGGAAUAGGGAGACCUGCAAGGAAUAGGAGGAGGGAAGAGGGCGAGCAAGCCAAAGGGAAGAGGUCCAGAACUGUCAAGUGCAGCAAAUGCCAACAGUUUGGCCAUAAUGCACAAACUUGCCAAGGUGGCUUGACUGGUAAACAAAAGGUGGCCCUAGGUGAAAGCUCUGCAAGUCAGACCAACAAAAAACAAACAACAAGGAAGGGAAAAGGGGCAUCUAUGAGCCAACCUGAACCAACAACAGUGGCAUCAGAACCAUUGAGAGUUUCACCAAGGAAACAGAGAGCAAAGGGUCCUAUCUCAGCAUCACAGCCAUUAAGAGUCUCACCUAGGUCUAAGAGAGCUAAAGGAGGGGUCUCAGCUUCACAGCCUGCAUGA